AUGAACUGUCAAAGUUUGAUUGCCUGCAAAACAACUGAUAGUCUUAAAAGAUAUUAUGAACUUAAUGAUAAAAAAGUUAUACUUAGUACAGGAACUGAUGAACAUGGAUUAAAGAUUCAACAAGCUGCCGCAAAAGUGAAUCAAAGUCCACAAGAAUUUUGUGAUAAUGUAUCUGAAAGAUUUCGUGAACUUUUUGAUAUGGCAAAUAUAAGUUAUACUACUUUUAUACGUACAACGGAACAGAAGCAUAAAGACGCGGUUAAGUUUUUUUGGGAACAACUUGUUAAUAAUGGAUAUAUAUAUAAAGGUGUUCAUGAAGGUUGGUAUUCAAUUUCUGAUGAAGCUUUUUAUAACGCGUCACAAGUACAAAUUUCAAAUUCGGAUGAAAAAAUUGCGAGUGUAUUGGAAUCUGGACAGUUGGUUGAAUGGACUGAAGAAGAGAAUUACAAGUUUCGUCUUUCAAAAUGUAAAGAUGAAUUAUUAAGAUGGUUGGAUGAAAAUCCGGAUGUAAUUACACCAUCAAAUCGUUUCAACGAAGUCAAAGCUUUUAUAAAAAGUGAUUUGGUCGAUAUAUCGGUGUCUAGACCUCAAUCAAGAUUAUAUUGGGGAAUCCCUGUACCUAAAGAUUCGAAUCAAACGAUAUAUGUUUGGUUGGAUGCAUUAAUCAAUUACUUGACUGUUACUGGCUAUCCUUGGCAAACUCAAGAAAAUUCGGUAAACAAACAUUCGAUGAGUGGUUGGCCUGUUGAUGUUCAUAUUGUUGGAAAAGAUAUAAUACGAUUUCAUGCAGUUUAUUGGCCUGCCUUUUUAAUGGCUGCAAAUUUACCACUUCCAAAAAAGAUUUUGGCACAUUCACAUUGGAUGAUGAAUAAGCUUAAAAUGUCUAAAAGUCGUGGAAAUGUUGUUGAUCCAUUUACAGUUAUGAAAGAGUACGGCGUUGACACCAUUCGUUAUUAUUUAAUGAGAGAUGGUGGCAUUUCUGAUGAUGGAGCAUACGAUCCUACUAUUCUUCAAACGCGAUAUCGUAAAGAUUUGGCAGGACAACUUGGAAAUCUGGUGUCACGUAGUACUUCACUGGCACUUAAUCCCUCGUCAACGGUACCAUUUUCGUCAUCAUUUAUUGAGAAUGUAAACGAUAAAGAUAUAACCUUAAUUAAAAUGUUACAACAAUUACCAGAUUUAGUGAAUAAUCAUUAUAAAAAUAUAGAAUUUGGAAAAGGAUUAGAAUUAAUUUUUGAGACUAUUGCAGAGGCAA